AUGAUGAAAAGCUACACACUAGAGAACUGGGAUGGCCGACUAUCGAAUCCGGAGCCGUUGGAUACGCAGAAUUCCACGCAGGGCCCCUCGAGCAUAUGGGACAGCCGAUCCCAUGUUUUGGCAAAGCAGAGUGAAAAAGUGAAGGCGACGAACGAUAUCUCGACAGCCAUCACUGAAUCUAUACACCAUAACAAUGUGACAAACUACUCAGAGGCAGCCAUCAGCUCAAGCUCAACUAAUGACGGAAGCAACACCGGAAGAAAAGCGCGUGUAUUCGGACUUGCCGACUAUGAGAACACGACAGAGAAUAUGUCACCAGCAAAUAGAAUGAAGCCCACCCCUCCGGACGAAGCAAUAAACGCGUCAAAUAGGUCACAAAAAACCUCUAGAAUCUUUGUACCUGUUGAAAACUCCCUUCUGCAUGCAUUUCAUGCUCAUGUCGCGCCUACGUCACCCGCACUUGCCAAAAAGUUGGAAGCUACUCUUUUUCGACUGCCCUCGCCGACUCCUAAGAGAGACAUCGAAGUAAUAUCAUUACAUUCGACAGACGCAGAAGGAGAUGACGAUGACGAAGUAGAGGUGAUCGAUAUACAGAGGUUAUUGGUUUCCCCUACUAAAGUAAACACAGAACCAGAAAACAGAGUCCCAUCGCCUGCUUACUCUGGACAUAAUUCACUUUUUUCACCAUCGCCUUCAGAGCGCAUAGGAUCUUCCGGACCCCUGUUCACUCCCGAGCCCCCGUCUGCCAAACCCCCUCCCGUAGUUAAGCGUCAAGUGGCAUUGUACGUCGAUGUUCCUCCCCUGCGCGGACCUAUAUCAGCCUACAAAUGGAUGUCCCAUCCUACCAAGAAAGCUCGUUCCCACAAGCCUCCUCCCGUAACGUACCAUGGAACUCUGGAGGACGCCUAUCUGGCGUUGGCAGAGAACAGCAAAUUCUGUGAUGUACGAAGCGCGACAAAGAAGGCGAAGAAGAAGAAGAAGCCUGAAGAGUUAGAAUCCAAACCUCCACAAAACGCAAUCGCUAGCUCAUCCAAGCACCCUAUUGUCAUCGAUCUCACGUCGAAUGUCGAAAGCUCUUCAUUCGUGUCAAAAUUGAAGAUCAAGAAACGUGUUCAUAAAGACGAUGGGCCCUAUCAGAACCCCGCAAAGAAACAGAAGCGCGGGCACACACGCGUCGAUAUCGAUCUGACCACACCGGAUGGCGGCAACUCUGUGGCAGAAUCUACACCUCAACCUGUACCGAUAAUGCCGCAACCCAAGGUCGGUAUAUCAAAGUCUGUAAUUACUGAUGAGAAAGAGAACACUGGUCCGACUGUCCUCAAUGUGAAAAUGGUGAAACCUAUUGCCUUCGAGAUGUGGGACUUCAACAUUAGACAUCUGCGAAACUGGAUCAAGCAGCAACGGCAUUCAAAUUCAUUCAGCCCCUCUGCUACAGAUGGCUCCCCUUCUAGGAGGAGGACCGGAUCUUUAAAUCGAGAAACACCUUGGUUUUAUCGGAUUCCUGCUCAACCAUUGUUAGAUGAAGAAGAAAUCUCUGUUGGGGGGAAGAUACCUACCAGUUGGGAUAUGGACGGUGGAUAUACAGAUGAUUCGGACGAGGAUGAAUUUGAGAUAGCCCAGUCUCAUCCAGAGCAGCAGGAGUAUUCUCCCAAAAUCGAUCUUGCAGCUCAGUAUCGUAAGAAGGAGAAGGAGAAGUCGUCAAAGGGAAAAACUGUAGCCAAACCUCAGUCUCAUGGAGCUUACAAGUCAAUCUCUCCUUCCUCCUCCACGGAUUCGACGCAACAAUCUCAACCAACGCAAUCGCUCACUCAGCUCGUCAAGGAUGCUUUGGGUACAGUGCCACAGCCAGGACAGAGCUCUCAGCUCGACGAAGCCCUUGGCCCAUCUACGCCAUCCGCCAAAGCCCUUGGAAAGCGAAAGGCGAUCGACAAUGAACCAUACGAAGCUGACCGACCAUUCCGAACUUUUGGACUUCUUUCCUCUCAUCAUGAUGCUACCUCCCAAUUCCAGUCCAAUGUAUCUAAUACCAACGCUGGCAGUGCCCAUGGAGCUUUCAGAAAGUCCAACUCCGACGAUAUUUUCAUUCACAAUUAUGUUCGCUCACCCUCUCCUAUCCUCCAGCCAGGUUCAUCAUCCACGGCUGUACCUGCCAGUCUAGAUAAUAAUGGACAGAUUUUGUCAACACUAUACGCCCUGAGCGAUGGACUUGAUCACGACAAAGCUCCAUUUGCAUCGACCUUUGAUGGCACGGAACCUGAAUUGGGUUAUCCGUGGGAUUUGGGUGUUCCCCCUCAAAAUGAAUAUCAAUAUGAGACGAUCGAUCCCUCCCUACUGGUAGAAAGUUCUGUGAUCGAGCCUGAGGCACCAGAAAUCUCAGAACCCCUGCUUGAAUACGCAGACGACUUUCCUCCCAGCGAUGAUGACAACGGCGACGUCGGGACGCAAUCGACUGCUCCUGUCGCAGGCCCUUCUGGGGUACAAGCUCGCUCGGCGUCAUCCAGCAAUAUCGUAUUCCCAUCUUCCUCUUCGGAGAACACCCCUGACCGCGAGUACGAACCGCCACAAGCAGCAUCGAUAUAUCAAUAUCUGAAGAAACGAAAGCGGCAUGUAUCUAUCUCUUCGGACUCAUCGGAUUCGGAUGAUGACACGCCGUUGGCGGACGUGUUGGCAGUCAAAUCGAGGGAGAAACCGACAUCUUCAGCGUCCGUCGUUCCUGAUAACGAUUUGGAGCGUCCCGCGAAACGAAAGAAACGACGCGCGUCAUCUUCAUCGUUGAAUGCCUCGGAUGCUUUGCCGGAUAUCGUAUACGUGUCUUCAAAUGGGAGGCAUAUCAGUAAGGGAAAGGUGAAAGCUGUGGAUAAAGCAUUGGCAGAUGAAGAAUGUGCGCCUUCUAUGAAAACGUCCCUACCACGUAUCGCUUUACCGAAACGGAAGUCGCGGCGCGCAUCAUCUACCUCAUUCCAUGAUGUCGAUCACGACCAUGGACUCGCUAGAAACGAACAUGCUCCCUCGCCUACGCCUGCAGCUGAUGUCGGAGUGAAGGACGGUCUGCAAGAGAACGAAGUUAAGCUGGACAAGGAAACUGUUCGAAUUCUGCCAAAACGACAGCGGACACAACGCAAGUUGCAGGACUUUGUUGAGGUCGAUGAGUUCCUUAGAAAAGAGGGCUUCGGGGAUGGAUUGCCGUUGCCACCCAAGGCGGAAGUUGCGCCCAAACCAGCGCGAAAGGAGCGCGGCGAUCCACUGUCAUCAAAGGAUAGAUAUCGACAAGAAAAUGAGAACUGGCCUCGGGAAGAGGUAUCAUUGUACUGUCACCAGUGCAGGAAUAGAACAUCUAUCCUCAAGAUGGUUUGUCCUGCAUGCGAUUCCAAGUUUUGCCUUCGUUGUCUGACAACCCGGUAUCCUGAUGAGCUUUUUUAUGAUGGCAUCGAAAUCGUUUGGGCGGACAACUGUCCGCGUUGCUUAGAAUUUUGUAACUGUACCGCCUGCUGUAAAAAACGAGGAGAGACAUACGUCUCGUCCCGUAAACGGCCUCCCGGCAAUCGUCCUUUACCAUCCUCGCCACCACCCGACAUACUGCCGCACUACACCCUUCCUGCCUCACAUACAGCACAACCCCGCCAUGCGACACCUCCUGAUCUGACCCAAAAUGCCCAAUAUUUUGCAACCAUGUACGAUCUCAACGGAAAGCGUGUCGGAGCGACGUAUACAUCGGUAGAUGCCUUCUCCAACAUCGGUGUCGUCCCUGCUUUGCCCAGUAUCCCGGUGACAAAGAAAGCGCACAUAUUUGUGGGAGCGGUGCAACGUUCAUGGGGCAUCUCCAAGCGUUCGGUGGCCAAAUAUCUUCACUCGCUGCCAGCCCUUAAGCAAACCAAGCGAGCCAAGAAGAAAAGCAAGGAGCAACGUAAGUUACGGCACUUCGUUGGCAGCGACACGUUUGCGCUCUAUCGUCCGGAACCCAAGCCAUACGAUCCGUUUGGCGACCUGUCCUCUCUAUCGUCUCUCAGUUCUUCGGAAGAUGAAGGUGAAGAGCCUGAAGCUGAUGUGGAAACUUUCGGCCCUCCCAACCUGUCCAACGAUGACCUUUCCUUUGCCAUAAGCCUUGGAUUGCAGGCCUGCGGUGUCGUACGCAUUGAUGCCACUGGACCCGUACACACUUUUACCUCUGUGUAA